UGAUGACAUGAAUGUUUAAUGGAGCUUCCGCUAACAAUGAUUGACUGCGAAAGAUAUCAAUGUGUUCCGCUCAACGUUUCUUCUAUAGGAGCAGCUCAUCCAACUGCUAAUUUAGUGAGCUCAAAAAGGCCUAAUCUCUUGUUUUAUCGAAAGACGUCAGGUCCCAUCGAAUUUGUGUUCUCUCAAAAUGGACUGAUUGUCUGGGGACAAACGAGUUCAUGUUCAAAUAUCAACAAUCCGUCUGACUACAAAACUGUGUCGCUCCCAGAAAACCUUGAUUUUGGACUAUGGUGCACAUUCAAUCCAGCUGAUUGUUGCGAGGAAAAUGCAGACACCUGGGACGCAUUCGUCAUGAUCAAGUCUUCUCUUCUCACUGCUAUGACUUUUAAAGGUGAUUGCUUCCAAUCCAAGUUGACAGUUGAGCCGAAAUCUGUUUGGGCAACCAAGAACUUCGGGUUGAUCGUUGAAAGCAAAGAUGUUGCGUCCAGCUCGAUUCCUUUGCCUAGCUUGUAUAAUCUGGGUCACCCAUGCGAAGAACUGGUUCCAAUAAUUUGCUGUACCGCAGAUGAAAGAACGAACAUUGUAACGAUUUCCGAGUUCAGUAGUUCUCAGAAGAGUUGCAUUGUUGCUUCAAUUGAAAGUCUAGAAAUGUUGAUCACGCAUGACUCAAAAAGAGGUCAUAGAUUUUGGAAAAUUCGAAAAGCGACCGAAGGCGAAAAGGAGGAUUUUUAUCAUCAAUGUGAGCUUAAAUUGUGUGAAACGCAUUUGACGAGAAUGAAAGAGCCGGCUAAAACACCAGGGUUCCAUUUGGAUAAAACUGCAAGCGUCUUCUCCCCAAUUUUGAAGCCCAAUUUCAUGAGUCAUCAGAAGUUUCGCUCUCCGUUUUCAGAGAAACAAAGCCCUUUGUUCAGAAAAAGUUAUAGGUUAACGUCUCAACCUCUUUGUCAAAGCUCUCCUUACAUCAAUUCUACAAUUUCGGAAGCACAAUCGUCUACUCAUUUAAGCAGAAACUCCCAUGUUUUGCCCUGGUUUGAAAUGCCGUUGACUCCUAAUUUAUGCUUGGAACUAAUCGCUAAUGAGGGCUCCUUGACAUCGAAACAUACGUCGAAAUUCGUUGCUUCCAAAGCUUUUACAACAUCUGAUUUUCUGGGAAACAAGUUUAUUUGUCUGUUUAUAGGGCAAAUUGAAAGUCUAAGCUUGUUCAAGGUAUCUGAAACAAAAACAGCCAAAGCUACACAUUUUGAAAUGAUAAAAACGUCAACUAUAUCAUGUUUUGAUGCAAUAAAUAUCGAAGACCUUCCAUAUAUGGCAAUUUUGGAGAAGGAAUCAGCAGUCGCUCUGUACUCUGGGCCACAAAAAGUGUGUAAAGUCAGAUGUCCUGAUUUGUUUAGUUCCACUUUGAACAUGGAAAGUUCAGUCAAUAACUGGAAUUCUAUUUAUAAUUUCCACGCUUCUGUCGGUAGAACAGUAGUCGGGUACACGUUUGGAGUUACCAACGUUGUUUACCUAACUUUGCCCAAACUGUUUGAAAACCCGGCGGUCGAGUUGUUUUUACAGAGCUUCAAACGUUGCUUUUCGAACGCUGAUUUCACACAGUUUGCGGUCAAUUGGUUUGUUUGUAGAAAUGCUAUUGGGAAAACUGUCGAUUCCCAAUGUGAGUUUAAAUUGUUUGUCUCGUUUCUGGAAAAUGAGUUUGGAUUUGUUGAAAUUGAAAGUGCGCGUAGGUCGAGGUCAAUGGACAGUUGUUCAGAUUUGAGUUCAAAAAAGGUCAAAAGAAACGACAUUGGAACAGAAGACGACUUUAAGGAAAUGAUGCAAGCUGGGUUUGUGGCUGAAUUUGCCGAUUUGUGUCUUUUUACGAAAAGUAAUGAAAACAAUCACGAAAGUUUACCCGAAACGUCACAGGGUAAACCUAAAGCGCAGGCAGCUACAAAACUGAAAUUGAACAAAAGUUUUGAAUUAGUUUUCAAAAUUGCGCAUGUAAUUUAUGAAGAUUUAAAACUAGAUUUGACUAAAAGUGUGGAAACUGAAACUUUAGCUGUGUUUUUGGCUUCGAUAGCCCAUAAAUUGGGCUUAGAGGAAGUCAAGUUUAGAUAUUUCUCUGAUUUUCCUGUCGAGAUUUUCCCUGCAAAUCUGCGCGAUAAUCAGACAAAAUUGCCCUUGAAAGCGGAAAUAUUUAUUACCGAAUAUGGAAAUGAAUUAGAUGACUUGGAGGCUUUUUUUACCGGUUGUCAUGGUCUUGUGUCGAGUUUUAUUUGUUGGGUUAGAGGCGCACUGAAAUGUAAGAAUUGGACUGACAUUUUAUUAGAGUUUGAAGCACUUCGGGCUACUGAAAUGGAAUGGAAUUCUUGUGGUAAAGAAAACGGGACGAAAAAACGGGACGCUUUGGUGGAUGCAAUUAAAAACAAUCCGAGCACCCUAAGCAUGUUUCCUGUUAUUUGGGGAGUAACUGAAAGAAUUAUCAAAGUGGCAGUUGUUUACAUGUAUUAUGCCUACUUGAAGACAUCGGACAAAGAAGAAUUCAAUGAAAGAGAGAAUAGUGAUAAUGGGAAAAUUUCACUUUCGGCAGUUAUUUCUAAAAUUCUAAUUGAUCUGACGGGUAAUGAAAUGCCAUUGGAAUUGGAAAGAAAAUUGAAUUUGAGAUUUUUUCCAUCAAGCACAUUAAAAAAUCUGUCAGCGGAAAGAGACUCAAUUGAAGAGAAGUCAGGAUCAGUUGACUUUAAUUUGAAGUCGGCCUCUUUCUCUGAACGGAUGCUAGUCUUAAUGGAAGUAAUGGGCAUUGAUUCAGAUUUUGUCUGCACUUUGCCCGCAGGUGUUUCACUUCCUUUUUAUGACGUCAUUUAUCAUGGUCAUUUGAAACCCUCGCUUAAUUGGACCCAAAAUGCUAUCAACUUGAUCAAAAGGCAGGAUUUGAUAUCCCAGAAAGCGACCCUAACUCGAGCGAAAGACAUGAGCAAAAAGGGGAUUAAAAAUACUUCCAGUGAAAUGAUCACGUCUAAAAGGGGCACCAGUACUUAUUACAUGAGCAGAGACGCUAAGUUAGGCCCAUUUCAGGGUAAAAAUUCUGUGCAAGGGACGAUUUUGAAAACAAAUGGGUUGGAAAUGGACAUGGAAGUGCUUAAUGUCUUAUUUCCUGAAGACAGUAGAAUUCAAUCUGUUUCAAGAAUGCUGAAUUCAUCCCAACCGAUUAAAGUGAAAGCAAACUACCAGCAGCAAGAUCUGCAGUUGAUAUUGGCCCAUUAUGCCAAGCGAACAAUGGCUUUGCCCGUGGGCAGAGGCAUGUUUGCACUAAGCUCAGUUUCGCCUAAUAUAACGUCUACAGAACCGAUUCCAGAGAUGAACUUCUCGUGUAAAGUGAUGCCUAAAAAUGUGUCGGUACAGAUAACGACUAACACGCUAAGUUUCCCUGCUAGAAGUUGGGCUUUUUUCCACAACGGAGCUGCGACUGGGUUGAGAAUUGAUCAAAGUGUUCAGGAUGUGGACUCCGCUUGGGUCAUGUAUAACAG